AUGAUACGAGAAGAUGGAGAAAGAUUAGAGGGUUCUAUAAAGUCUUUUGGUGGAGAAGAUGAGGAGAUGCAAUCGAUGUCAGCUUUGGAUCCGAGUAAUUUGGGAGAGGGUAAAACCCUUCUAUGCGAAAUGAAGGAAGAAUUUGAGGCAUCAGCCAAGUUCGAAGAGAGAAGGAGAGUCAAUGAUGAGGUACACAGCUUCGAAGACAUCAAUAAUAUUCUAUUGUGCUCUGAUGAGUAUCACGAAAUGGGUACCUCGUCUAGGGAUUAG